AUGGUUAAAUCGACUCAAAUAGCCAGGCUUGAUGGCCUCAUGCUAGCUGCGUCAGUAGACGAUGAACAGGCAGAAGUGGAGCUCUCCGAGAUCAAGACACAAGCCAAAAUGAUUUUCCGCCGGUUGAGUCGCAAUUCCGCACCGCAAGCUAGCAUUGAGUCUGGCCAAUAUAACCUACACUAUCUUAUCCAAGAUGAUAUCUGCUUCCUCUGUAUAUGCGACCGUUCCUACCCGCGCAAACUUGCCUUCACCUACCUCGCAGAUCUCGCAACCGAGUUUACUACCACUUACUCCUCUGCGCAGUACCAGUCCCCCACCCUACGACCAUAUGCAUUUGUAGAAUUCGAUACAUUUAUUCAACGCACCAAGAAGCUGUACCAAGAUAGUCGCGCUUCGCAAAAUCUCGACCGACUAAAUGAUGAGCUUCGGGACGUAACGAAAGUGAUGACAAAGAACAUUGAGGACCUCCUAUACCGAGGUGAUAGCUUAGAGCGGAUGGGCGAGUUGUCGGGGCGUCUGCGGGAGGAUAGCAAGAAAUACAGACGAGCCGCGGUGCGCAUCAAUUGGGAGCUGGUGAUGAAACAGUAUGGCCCAAUUGCUGGUGUCGGGCUCCUCUUUCUAUUUCUCAUUUGGUUGCGCUUCUUCUAA